AUGCUAGCUGGCCCUAGUCAAGUAGCUAUCGAAGGCCCAGAAGUCGAUAACUCUUUAUUUACAAGGACAAUUGAACAAUGGAGCAGGUCAGCCGUCAGCUUAGUGGAAGAGGUUCUCCUCGAAGGAGACGAGAAUCUCAGGAUAUCCAGACCUCGACUGAAUGGCAAUUACACCAGAGGUUCCAUUUCAAGUGAACGCUCAGAGCCACACGAGGAGAAUCCACAUUUCAAUGCUCGACUUCAGCUUCACAAAUACAAGAGAACGGUAGAGAUUGUGGAGCUACUACGAGUUGGUGAAUUAUUUAAUAAUGCCACUCAACAUCUCCAAGAGGUGGUGGAGAUCAGGAAGCUAUUGGCGGAAGCAGGAAAGAAAGACUUCGAUGAACCAGAACAGCAAGAUAUGCUUGAGCAACUCGCAGAUCUCAACAUUCUGUGUGAGACGGAAGAAGGGACCGCAAAGGCGCGAGGUAUUCUGGAGAAAUUGAAUGAAAAUUGCGACAUACAAGAUCCAAUUGAUCUACCCAGAUCAUCAAGACUACACCACAAACUUGGGAAGUUACUCUUUGACGGCCAAUAUCUUCUCAGAGCUUACCGUCAUCUCCAAACCUCAAUCGCACUUCGGCUACGGGAAGAUCCAAGGGAACGGGAGAGAAUUAUUGAAACCUACGAACUUCUACGCCACGUACUAAGCCUUCGUGGAAAUCACGCUGAGUUCCUGGCUAUCCAAGACUGGAUUGAGGAAGAAAUUGGGCCCCUAGAAGACUCGCCUCACAACGAGUUCGAUGCAGCCUUGGCAUGGGCUCGCCUGCACGGUUUCCACGAAGCAGAACUGGAUGACAUGAACCGGCCCAAGUUUGAUGUCCAAGAUGAGCACCAUCGUCCACUUUUAUUCGCCGCCAUUGCAGACAACGAUAUGGAAGUUGCUGUUCUCGAACAAAUCAUACAACACUCACACGAUCUUGAGAUACCUGACGGCAACGGAGAAACACCUUUGAUGGCGGCGGUGGUGGCUUGCCACGUGUCGGCUGUGCGGCUUUUGCUAGAAAAUGGAGCUUGUGCCAGUUUCAAAGACAAAAAAGGCCGUAACAUCAUUCACAAAUGCCAGACAGAAGAAGUGGCCGAGGAGAUCUUCACAGCUACGUCUGCCCGGAGACCCAGCGUCCAUGUCGGUACGGAGACCGGAGCAAUCCGGCGCGUGUCGACGACGCGCUUGAUUAUUUCACCUGUUCAAAGUCGAGGGAGUGAAAUCUCUCUUUCGUCGCUGGAUUUCAAUGCUCGAGAUCUUUUCGGCAAAACUGCGUUAUAUCAUGCGUGCGAAAAGGGAAACAGAGAUGUAGUGUCGGUUCUUCUUCAAUCUUUCAGGGCAGAUCCCGAAAUCUGUGGCCCGGAACAGUGUACGCCCCUCAUGGCAACGAUCCAAGCGAAGUUCAACGUGAGAAAUCGAGGAAAGCCAGGAAACCAAGCUGCUUUCAUCAAAAAGAAAGUCGAUAUUGUUCGACUCUUGAUAGCACAUGGCGCUGAUCGAAAGGUUACGCCUUCCACGCUCCGAAGUGCCGGUGUGGCGCAUGCGGAGAUCAAGAAGAUUUUGGAGAGUAAGGUGGGACAGCAGGGAGGUGCGAAUACUCUUUCUAGUGUAGCACCGUCGGCAAGUAGUGGUGUCGUUGAGGAAGAGUGGCACAUGGUAGCGAGGAACGAUACGAGGCUCUCCGGCUGA